GUGCACUGAAACACAGCAGACCUGCAGUCUCGGGAGCACUCUACGAUGUCCUAUCCUCAGUUCGGAUAUCCUUACUCUUCUGCACCUCAGUUCCUCAUGACCACCAACUCCCUGACAUCUUGCUGCGAGUCGAGCACCAGAUCCAUCUCGGACUCGUCCGCGCAGACGCCCGUUUACUGUCCGGUGUACGAGAGCAGACUGCUGGCCACCGCCAGACACGAGCUGAGCUCCGCCGCCGCGCUGGGAGUCUACGGGAGCCCCUACACCGGCGGCCAGGGCUACGGGAACUAUGUCACCUACGGCGCUGACGCGUCCGCUUUCUACUCUUUGGGAACGUUUGAUGCCAAAGACGGAAGUGCGUCUGCGCAUGCGGGUAUAACACCGGCUGCCGCAUACUACCCUUACGAUCCAACCCUGGGACAGUACCAGUAUGACAGAUACGGAUCUAUGGAGGGAGGAACCAGAAGGAAGAACGCCACGCGUGAAACUACGAGCACAUUGAAAGCAUGGCUACAGGAACACAGGAAGAACCCCUACCCCACCAAAGGAGAGAAGAUCAUGCUGGCCAUCAUCACCAAGAUGACCCUCACGCAGGUGUCCACCUGGUUCGCCAACGCCAGAAGAAGACUCAAGAAGGAGAACAAGAUGACAUGGCCACCGAGAAACAAGGGCUCAGACGAUAAGAAGUACGAGGAUGAUGAUGAAGAUGGGUCGCAAGAAGAUCAAAUCAAGAGUGAAGCCAAUGAUGACGAGAGCAAAAGUCGAGAAGACAAGGAGCUGCAGCUGAGUGACUUGGAGGACUUCGACACCAUUGAGUCCGAGAGCUCCGAGUGUGAACUCAAGCACCGCUUUCAUAUGAACACACACAUGGCGACCACUGACGACCGCCUCAAAGAAGCGUCUCCAAAGCUCUCCAUUCCCGGGCUGCUCGAAACCAAAAGCGGCCUGAAAAGCACUUCAGAAGACUGUGAGCACAGCAAAACGUGCUUCCAGCAGCAGGGCCAUCCGUUACUGGACAGCAAACCCCGCAUCUGGUCUCUGGCCCAGACCGCGACAGAGUACUCCUCAUGUAUGCUUCGCUGUCAGCCAUCGCCCUCCGCCUCCUCACCUGUCAGCGGCCUGGAGAGACAGCAGGACUCACCUGUCACGACUCUCAGAAACUGGGUAGAUGGAGUUUUUCACGACCCCUUGUUUAGACACAGCUCCUUGAACCAAGCACACACGAACACUACGGUUUCUUGGACCACCUCGACCAAAGGGUCGAUCUUAGAGACUGGAGCCCUGGGACGCUCCAACAACAUGAUAAAAACACAGCAGCAAGAGGCCAGCAAGGACAGUAUGCCAUUUCCAAAAGGGGUGAAUAAAAUAUUCUGCUCCUAGCACACCAGAAAGACUGUUUGGAAUAGCUGUUUACGCUUUUAGUUCACAAACAAAUACCAGACUGUGGUCCAAAAUACUUUUUGUUGCAUAAAA